GCGUUGUGCGGCGUUGUGCCGCCUGCAUCCCUGGGGUGGGCUUUGCGGGGCUGAUGCGCGCCGGGCCAGACGUGGAGGGUCGGAGCCGCCCACCCCUUUCCCAUGGUCCCGCCCCAGCUGUUCCAGCUGCCUGCGCUCGGGACCGGGAGAAGGAAGCGCUCGGCGCUGGCCAGGAGCCUUCUGGGCUCACGUGAUGGUGCUGGCCACGUCCGGCUUCGUCCCCGAUCUCCGGCCUGCCGAGCACACGGCGACGAUGGCGCUGCCGGCCCUCCCCCUGCUGCUGGCAGCCGGGCUCCUGCACACGCAGGCCUCCCCUUCGACACGCUCAUUCCAGCUGGAUUACGAACACAACUGCUUCCGCAAGGACGGUGUCCCUUUCCGCUACAUCUCGGGCAGCAUCCACUAUGCUCGUGUCCCGCGCCCUGCCUGGAGGGACCGGCUGCUCAAGAUGUACAUGAGCGGGCUCAGCACUGUGCAGGUCUACGUCCCCUGGAACUACCAUGAGAUACUGCCAGGAGUUUAUGACUUCACUGGGAACCGGGAUGUGGAAGCCUUCCUGGACCUGACAGCUGAGCUGGGACUUCUGGUGAUCCUGCGGCCAGGGCCCUACAUCUGUGCAGAGUGGGAGAUGGGUGGUUUGCCUGCCUGGCUGCUGUGGAAACCAGACAUCAUCCUGCGCACUUCUGACCCUGCCUACCUGGCAGCUGUGGACUCCUGGCUCCAUAUCCUGCUGCCCAAGAUCAAGCCACGCCUGUACCAACAGGGAGGGAACAUCAUCAGUGUGCAGGUGGAGAAUGAAUAUGGGAGCUACUAUGCCUGUGACUAUGGAUACCUACGGUAUCUGCUGGGCUCCUUUCGGGCACUGCUGGGGAGCGAGGUGCUGCUCUUCACCACCGACAGCACACGAGCAGAGGAGCUGCGCUGUGGCACGCUGCAGGGGCUCUACGCCACCGUCGACUUUGGGCCAGGAUCCAACGUGACAGAGGCAUUUGGUGCCCAGAGACGUGUGGAGCCAAAGGGGCCCCUGGUAAACUCUGAGUACUACACAGGUUGGCUGGACUACUGGGGCGAGGCACACACCAGCACCAGUGCAACAUGGGUGGCCCGGGGGCUGGAGGACAUGCUGCAUCUGGGAGCCAGCAUCAACAUGUACAUGUUCCAUGGAGGGACGAAUUUUGCCUACUGGAGUGGUGCUGACUACAAGGACCAGUACAAACCAGUGACCACCAGCUAUGACUAUGAUGCCCCCCUCUCUGAGGCAGGAGACCCCACCGAGAAGCUGUUUGCCAUUCGCACGGUCAUCAGCAAGUUCCAGCCCCUGCCACUUGGUCCGAUGCCGCCUGCCACUCCCAAGUAUGCCUAUGGCAGGGUGGCCCUGUGGAAGGUGAGUGCCUAUUCCAAAGGCCGUACUGCCCCAGCAUGGCACUGCUCAACUGGCCAGCACCCAUCCCUCUCUUUGCAGUAUGCUGACCUCCUGGAUGUCUUGGAUGUGCUGUGCCCCUCUGGGCCCAUCCAGAGCCAGUUCCCUCUCACCUUUGAGGCCGUAAAGCAGGCCCAUGGCUUUGUGGUGUACCACACACAGCUGCCCUGGGAUGUCCCAGACCCAGCCAUGCUGGGCGCUCCUCCCCACAGCAUCUGUGACCGUGGCUAUGUGAUGCUGCAGAAGGAGUACCAGGGAACACUGGAGCGGGACGGGCAGACAAGACUGCAUGUAACGGGCAGGGCAGGGGACACCCUGGACAUACUCCUGGAGAACAUGGGCAGGAUCAGCUUCGGGGCCAACACUAGUGACUUCAAGGGCUUGCUGGCAAACCUCUCAUUGAACUCCAGGCCUCUCAGCAACUGGCUGAUCUAUCCCCUGGCCAUAGACACUGCAGUCCAACAGGGCUGGCCCUAUGCUGCCCUCCCAAAAUCAAGGAGUGGGGGCAGAGUGGGGCCAGCCUUCUACACUGGGACCUUUGAGACACCUGGCAUUGCCUGGGACACCUUUGUGACAUUCCCAGGUUGGAGCAAGGGGCUGAUGUGGAUAAAUGGCUUCAACUUGGGCCGGUACUGGACCUGUCGUGGGCCCCAGCAGACCCUCUUUGUGCCUGGCUCGGUGCUGCACCAUGGCCACCCCAACAACAUUACAGUGCUGGAGCUAGAAGGGGCACCUCUCACUCCUCUCUUGCUCUUCCUUGACCAACCCCUUUACAACAGGACACUUGGCUGCAGCACCAUGGCCACAGAGUAAACACUGCUGG